AUGCAGUACAAGGCACUUACCAUCCUCUUUGCCACCGCGGCAUUGGCCGCUAACUUGGACGAGUUCACCGUUGAUACCGCUCUUGAAUCUUUAUUGGCAGUUCCCACAUGGGUUGAGGAAGCCAUCGCAAGCGCCGAGCCAACCGCAUGGGCCUCGUCUUUGGAAUACAACAGCGCCUUUCGAAUGACCGAACAGCUUGCGGAGCUGGCUGGUACCAUGCCGGCGUGGUACAGCAGUCUUCCUGAGAGCGUAAAGCACUUCGAAUCCACAAAGGACGCUGCCAUUUACUCGUACGAGCUCACAGCCACCCAGAAGGAUGUGUUCACCUCCUCCGGCUCCCACAGUACUGUCACCGCUACUGCUACCGCUACUGCCACAGCCACUGGCUCCUCGGACGCCGAUGCAAGUUCAAUUUCUACUGGUGGGGCCCCUGCCGCAACGGGUGCUAUCUUUGUAGGCCUUGCUGGUGCCGCUGGAAUCCUUGGUCUUUCUCUUGCCCUUUAA